AUGAAGAACGAGGCGUACGAGUCGCUGCUGCAGUUGAUAAAAAAAUAUAACGAGAGCUGUACAAUGGACGACCUGAAACGUAAAAUAGCCAAUCUGAGAACGUGUUACUUGCGGGAAUUCAAAAAAGUAAUGGACGCAAAGAGAUAUGGUGGAAUAUACGAGCCCAGUUUGUGGUAUUACAAAUCCUUAGAGUUCCUAAACGACCAGCAUCACAGCGAAGACAGAGUGCGGUUGGGCCGCAGUUAUCCGGAUAACAGUGACGAAGAUAACGAGUCAAACGAGACGCAUAACAUCAUGGUGUACGAGGACGUCGACGACCGAGCUGGUUCCGAGGACAAGGACUCGUGUUCCACCGAACCUGAGUACCUAGUACAGCAACCCUGUGCCGCAACCAGCAGCGGCUUGCAAACCAUAUUGAGUGGCAGCGGCGCAGAUACCGUCAGGAGACCCAAGAGACGGCGGCGGGUGUUGGAAGUGUCGCCGGCGCAGAACGGGCCGUCCGCUAGGGCGCCGCCGCCAUCGGACCGGUUUUCUGGUAGUGCCGGAGCAGCCGACUUUUACGAACCUCAAAUAUUGGGUGGCGUGGGCGGCGACCCUACCGAUCCGCCGGUGGCAGACUACUACGACGGUUUUGGCCGGUACGCGGCCAACGAGCUCCGGCAGAUGGACAGGCAGUCGGUGAUCAUCGCCAAGCGGCUGGUCAACGAAGUUCUGUUCCUGGGCCAGAUGGGCAUGUUAAAUGUCAACACCAGGAUCGAGACGCCUACGACCGGCCGACGGAAGAACGCGUCCUCGUCGACUACGUGCAAGUCGGAAUCUCAUAAUCGUCGGCACCAGGAAGACAACGACGAUGACAACGACUGCGAAGACGGAGGCGGACGGGAAUCGUCGUCGUCGCCGAUGCCGCCCGUCGAGUUCAUGGAGACUUCGUGA